CCUUGCUGAAAAAAAAAAAAAAAACAGCAUAGACCAGCACGAUUUCCAUGCUGGCAUAUGCUGGUUAGUACUGAUUUGCUGCUGGUUUAGCUGGUGGACCAGCAUGAUGAAGCUGGUCCUGGCUGGUGAUGUUACCGAUGAAGCUGGUCACCAGCAUCCCAUGAUGGUGCUGGUAUGCUGGUCACCAGCAUCCCAUGAACCAGCAUGGGAAGUUUCCCUGCCCAUGCUGGCAGGGAACUCCUGUGCCUGAGUCCUGUUCAAUCAGCAUCUUGAUAUGCCACACCUGUCAGCUUGAUGGCUAAUCUUAUUGGAUUUUAACAAAUGUGUGCUCAGCAUCUGAAAGAAGUGAAUAAUUUGUCUACAUACAAAAGCAUCAACAUACCCGCACCAGCAUGGGAUCCUGGUCAUCAGCAUACUAGCACCAAAACACAACAUAUGCUGGUCCUGCUGCUCACAAAGAUGGUGCAGAAGGAUGCUGAGCAGGAGAGUGAGAUGAGGGCCGAAGUCCAGGAGAUGAAGAAGGAGCAGUCCUCCAUCAGCAUGAUGGAUGAGUUUGCCAGAUACGCCAGAUUGGAGCGCAAAAUCAACAAGAUGACUGACAAGCUGAAAACACAUGUGAAAUCAAGAACAGCACAACAAGCCAAAAUGAAAUGGGUUGUGAACAUUGUCUUCUAUAUACUGCAGGCUGCUGUGAUGAUCUCCUUGAUAUGGAAGUAUUACUCUGAUCCAGUGACGGUGGUCCCCAGUAAAUGGAUCGCCCCUGUGGAGCGCCUUGUGGCCUUCCCUACCGGAGUGGCAGGUGGAGUGGGAAUCACAUGCUGGUUGGUGGUUUGCAACAAAGUCGUUACACUGGGUCUUCAUGCAGUCAGUUAGAGUUUCCAACCGAGUUAAACUCAUUGUUGUUCUCGUGUAUUGUUCAACAGUUUGUUUAUGAAAGCCACCGCUGCUUCAGGUCAGCAUGUAAAAAUGCAGAGCAUUUUGGUGUUGGCAGUUUUAUGUUGCAACAUAAUAUUUGGGUGAUGUUGAAUUUUGUUGUUUUUGUUUAUUUUAAGUUAAUUGUUAAGAUGUUUUGACUGUAUAUUAUUUCAAAGCAUCAUGAUGUGGAAAUGAUGAAAUGCCUUUUUAAGAAAAGAUAAUAAAAGAAAAGCUACUAUUUCUGGUCAUGUUA